GUCAACUUGUUAGCUUUCUUCUCACUCUGGAAAAUCAGAGAAGAGCAUAUAUAUAUAGGAAUUGAUUUUCUGUGAAGAAACUUAAUCAACGAUGGGAUUGGCUUCUUGGUGUCUGUUUUUUGUCCUCCUGUACUUUUCUUGGAGUAGCGAAUGUCAAGAGACGAAUGGAGAACACUCGAUUAAUAUGGAAAGCAUAAUAAUAAAUAACAACAUAAAACUUCCUAAUGGCAAAGCAGAUCAUCAUCAUGGCCGUCCAUCGUCAUCAUCACACACUCAUCUUGACCGUUCAAUACUAAAACAAUCGGUUUUUAUUAACCUGAAUGACAUAAAAGUAGGGUUAACAAAGGCCAUCUAUUUUCCAAAGAAUAGGAAACAUUCUCCUCCAUUUCUAGGAAUAAUAAGACAAAUAUUAUUAGGUGAUCCUAACUCGAUUCCAUUCUCCUCAGAACAACUUCCCAACUUUCUCAGCCUAUUCUCAGUCCCUCAAGGCUCACCACAAGCCAAAGCACUGGAGUCAACUCUCCACAUGUGUGAGUCUAACCCCAUAAGAGGGGAGACAAAGAUGUGUGCCACUUCUUUUGACUCCAUGCUUGAGUUCGUACGUGGCGUCUUCGCAUUGGACGGAUUGGGCCACGGGUUCACACAUCUCACAACAACCUUCUACAACGAUUCCAAUACUAUGUACCAAAACUACACCGUUUUGGAGGACCUGAGAGAGAUACCAACACCCAAGAUGGUGGCGUGUCACCUUAUGGAAUUCCCUUACGCUGUGUAUGGCUGCCAUAGCAUGGCCAAGGACAGGAAGCUCUUCAAGAUGUCGUUGAGUGGCCAAAUGGGAGACAGAGUUGAAACCAUUGUCGUUUGUCACAUGGACACCUCUGAGUGGGAUUCAGAUCAUAUUUCUUUCAAGGCCUUAGGGUUUGGGCCAGGGAUGGGACCUGUCUGUCAUUUCUUUCCUGAUCACACUAAUUUUGUAUGGCUUCCUUCCUCAAUUCCAAUCUAAGAAAACAGACGAGGGAGACAAAUUGAGUUGAAAUCAUUGUCGUUUCUUUCUUGUGGUAUUGUUAAGUGUUGUGUUUACCCUUUUAGUUUCGGUGAAAAUAAAACAAAACAGGGACAUUGAUGUAUAUUUUACUUGUAUUACGUGAGAC